CGACUGGGACGUUUAUUUUUUUGAUGAAUCCAAGAUGGCGGAGAAACUGGAACAGUUGGAACAACAUCUCGAACAGUUUAUAGAAAAUACGCGGCAAAUGGGCAUCAUAGUCAGCGAUUUCCAACCUCAGGGACAGCCGGUACUCAACCAGAAGAUCCAUGCCAUGAUCACAGGGAUGCAGGAGAUUGACAGGUGUAAGUCACAACUACAGGAUGUGCAGGUGCCGCUGGAAGUGUUUGAGUACAUAGAUCAAGGAAGAAAUCCACAGCUAUACACUAAGGACUGUAUGGAGAAGUCUUUAGCCAAAAAUGAACAAGUAAAGGGCAAAAUAGAUGCUUUAAAGAAAUUCCGAUCACAGCUCAUCUUGGAACUGGACAAGGUUUUCCCUGAAGAGAUAGCCAAAUACAAGGCGGCUAGAGAAAUAGUGAAGGAGGAACCCUCAUGACUAUGACUCAGUGUGUCCAGGCCAUGCCAAUUCCUUCAGCUGUUUCUCGGAUUUUGCUUGAAGUAGAGGGAAAAGAACCAAAUUUUAUUUGCUGGACAAUGCUUUGGUGUAUCAUUGAUUUGCAAGUAAUGCAGUUUUGUUUUAAGCC